CUACAGGACUCGCAGAUACUCCUGUCUAACAGCAUGCACGGUGUAAUGGUGUCUGGACUGAGGUGGAACAGUGGCUACAGUUUUGGACGAAAAUCCGCUCUGGUUUCUGAUUGAAGCAGGAGGAGGGGACACUGGAAGGCGCUGAGCCUCCGCGCGCGCUUUUGUUCACUUCUGUCUCCUCGCGACCAGCGGAACGCGCGCGCCGCUUGUUUUUUUAUUCCGCGCUCUUCUUCUUUUCUCUCGCGCGGAUCGCAAGAAGGAAAAGUGACACAUUUUUUUUUUCACCGAAAGUGAACCUGUCCCCAUCUUCAUAAGCUGCAGCGGGUUUUUUUUUUAUUCUUAAUAUUAUUAUAUAUUUUUUUUUACCUCUAUAACGGAACAGCGACGGAGCACCUGCACUGAGCCGAACCGGCGCUGACUCGAGCUAGGCUAGCUUUUACUCGGCUAGCUCACAUUCCUGUGCACUUUGAGAAGCCGGAAAUCUCAGAGCAAAAAAAAAAAAGGAUGUUGAGGGAGUGUCGUGUGCCUGGGAUUCAGUCUCUCUUGACUGUGUUUCUGCUUGUCUCUCUGGAACAUGAUAUGGCAUGGGGUGAAACUGUAGUGAACAUGCGGAAGGUGACUCACCAGGUAGAACAGAUACCUCUGUCAGGGACUGCUCUGCUGCCCUGCAUCUUUACUCUACGGCCCAGCCCAUCACAUGAAUCUCAUGACACUCCGCGCAUUAAGUGGACCAAAAUCUGGGGCCACCGUGGGCUUGACGGGCUACAGAGGGAGCAGUCUGUAUUGGUGGCAAAAGGAAACGUGGUGAAAGUGAAGAAAGCCUUUCAGGGACGCGUCACCCUGCCCGGCUACACGGAGAACCGCUACAAUGCCAGCCUGGCUCUGAUAGGCCUGAGAUCCAGCGACUCCGGCAUGUACCGCUGUGAGGUAGUCGUGGGCCUUAACGACGAACAAGACACGGUGCCUCUCCAGGUCAUAGGUACGGUCUUUCACUACCGAGCGCCUCAUGACCGCUACGCCUUGUCAUUUGCUGAAGCUAAGAAGGCAUGUGUAGAAAACUCUGCGGUGAUUGCAACACCUGGGCAGCUGCAGGCUACUUUUGAUGAUGGAUAUGAUAACUGUGAUGCAGGCUGGCUCUCUGACCAGACUGUAAGGUAUCCCAUCCAAUCUCCACGGCCUGGCUGUUUUGGUGACCGGGAAGACUCACCUGGUGUGAGAAACUACGGCAAUCGCGACACUGAUGAGCUGUUUGAUGUGUACUGCUUUGCGGAGAGCCUCAAAGGUGAAGUGUUUCAUUCCAGUGUACCAGAUAAGUUGAGUCUGGCCACAGCUUCCACUCACUGUCACACAUUGGGUGCUCAGCUGGCCACAGUGGGGCAGCUUUACCUGGCCUGGCAGGCAGGACUGGACCGCUGUGACCCAGGCUGGCUGGCUGACGGUAGCGUGCGCUACCCCAUCAAUCAACCACGGCGCAACUGUGGAGGCGAUGAGCCAGGGGUACGCACUCUCUACCAUAACCCCAACCGCACUGGAUUUCCUGACACUGCCAGCCUCUUCGAUGCCUACUGCUACAGGGAGGAACAGCCAGAAGCAAUGGCACUUGUGCAGACUUCACAGACUUCUUCAACCUCAAACUCCACAGAUGACUGGGAACAGCUCCAAGAGAAUGGAGGCUUUCCUCACCCUUCCACCUGGACUGGACUGGUAGACCUGGAUAAGGAAGAGUUUAAUUCCAUUGCAGACAACGAGUCCUCUGAGAUAUCAGGAGAGCAUGUGGUAAUCCAUCUCAGUCCUAAAGAGAGGCCAGCGAGCCAGGAAAUGCAUGUGUCCAGUGAUCAAUCUCCUCCUGUUUUGGAGCUCAAUGGGGGUACAGCAAGAGAGGAAUCUGAUGAAAGAGAGGUGACUGAGGACCACAGAUUGUCCCUUGAACCGUCAGUGACCACGCCACCCUCAUCCACAGAUACUCAAACUAGCAACGGUAUGCUCUAUAACUUUGUUGACUCCAUCAUGAGGCCCUGGAAAUACUGGAAAAGUGAUGCAGAGACAGAGGCCCCUUCAGUGGAGUCAAGCAUAUUGAAGGAGACAUCAGAAGAAGUCCAGACAGUCAGAGUGAAGCCAGGGGGUGAGCUUAGAGGCACUAAAGGAAGUAUUGAUAAUGCAAUCUUGGAGCCUGAGAAUAUGCCAACUAAACCCUCCACACUAUAUUCAGAAGAAGGACUUUUAGAGCAGGAGAAAGAGGUGGUUCUAUCAGUACCGGUAAAUGAGCUGAAGAAUCCCAGCAAAUUACACAUGGAACCUUCAGUUUCACAACCAACAGCAUACAGAGGACUAAUUGCAUCAGGACGGAUGGAGGUGAUGAAUCCCACAGCUGCAACGAGUCCCAUGAGUUCCAGGAGCGGUUUUGGCACCAUGCCAGUGCUGGGCAGCCAGCAGGAAUGGGCACUUCAGUCUCUGAGAGUAUACGCUUCCCCAAGCAGUAAUGGGAUCCUUACGACCCAGACUAGUGAACCUGUGGAGACUAAACAAGAGGCAAUGGAGAUCAUGACAAUUCCGGUCUUCGGGGACAACCAUGAGAACUAUUCUGGGGAAGGCAAGGAUCAUAUUGAACAGAGUUACUCACUGCCAAAGGUGUCUACAUCACAGUCCCCUCCACAAACAGGGAUUUCAGAAGAGGAGAACGAUACUGACGGGAGUGGAGGAAAUGAAUUAUUUAUCAUCAGCAGUCCGACAAAACAGGGUACUCCGGAGGCCUCUAAAGAACAAAAUGUUCUCAUACAAACGACAGUGCAAUGGGAGCUUCUACACCUACCAACUAGACAACCCUCUCACAGUCCCAGUGUCUCCAAAGACACCAUGGGUCCUGAGGAGGCCAGAGGGGAGAUCCUCUACAUGCAUCGUCCUACAGAAAAAUCUGGGAACCUUCCUUUUAAAACGAUCAAUGUGCCUUUGGUCAAGAAGAAAGUGAGCACACAAGCACCCAAUGUAUCUGAAACCCUUUAUCCUGAUGUGGCUACCACUUCAGAACUCACCCCAGAAGCUUCAAGUGCAACUGACCAAAUGCCAAUUACCAACACCAUGACAACACUUAACAGUCAGAUUCAAAAUACAGACACAACCACUGCUGGAAAUACUGUGUCCACUACAGAUCCUGCUAUAUCUGUUACUUGGUUACCAGUAGUUCAAGAAGAAACUCAAGAACCACAGACACACGUGUCUACCACAGUGACUAAUGUAAGACUUGAGACUAUGAGUAACACAGUUAUACUGACCACACCAUAUGUGGAGGAAACAUCCCAGCAGGCAGAGACUGAACCAGCUCCUACCACAGCAAGCACAAGUGGAGAUAACACAAGCAACGCUACAGUCGACUAUGAAAACUCUUCAGCUUCAUCAGCAGAGGAGGAGCCUUGCCAGACGAAUCCGUGUCUGCAUGGGGGGAGCUGCUUGAGAGAAGGUGAAGGGUACAGCUGCCUCUGCCCUCUGGGAUACUACGGAGAGAGCUGCGAGAUCGAUAUCGAUGAAUGUCAGUCAAAUCCAUGUCAGAAUGGAGGCACCUGCAUUGAUGAGAUCAACUCUUUUGUAUGCCUGUGUUUACCCAGCUAUGGAGGAGCCACAUGUGAAAAAGACACUGAGGGUUGCGAUCAUAACUGGAGAAAGUUCCACGGUCAUUGCUACAGAUACUUUACUCACCGACUCAACUGGGAAGAUGCUGAAAAAGAUUGCAGAGAGCACAACGGCCAUCUGGCUAGCAUUCACACCAGAGAAGAGCAGGACUUCAUCAACAAUAUGAGCCAUGAAAACACUUGGAUUGGUCUGAAUGACAGGACAGUGGAGGAAGAUUUCCACUGGACUGAUAACAUGGAUCUGCAAUAUGAGAACUGGAGGGAGAACCAGCCUGAUAAUUUCUUUGCGGGAGGAGAGGACUGUGUGGUGAUGAUCGCCCAUGAGAAUGGCAAAUGGAACGACGUGCCCUGCAACUACAAGCUGCCCUACAUCUGCAAGAAAGGCACAGUGCUGUGUGGCCCCCCACCCCUAGUGGACAAUGCUUUCCUGAUUGGCCGCAAGCGUUCACACUAUGAUAUCCACUCAGUUGUGCGUUAUCAGUGUGCAGAUGGGUUCCUCCAGCGCCAUAUUCCCACCACCAAGUGCCGCGCCAGUGGUAAAUGGGACCAUCCCAAAAUCCUCUGCACGAAAUCCCGGAGAUCCCAUCGCUACAGACGCCAUCAUCAUAAGUCUCAUCAUGAGCGCAGAAAGCACAAGAAACAUGGCUCAGGCGGUCAUCGGGGUAGACAAGAGGGUCAUGGCCAUUUCUAACCAAAAACAAAACCCAUGCCUCUAUGUCCCAAUGAAGUUCCCCUUGUUCCUGCACUGUCUAAAACAUUCUGUUUUCUUCAUCAGCCUCUAUCCCUCAAACCUGUGAUCAGAGGGUCGAUGUUAGACCCCACAUAGACUAUAAUGACUACAAUGUUUUGUUGUUGGUUUUUAUUUUUAUUAUUUUUUUUAUUUUUUUGUCAGCUUCACUCUGUUAAUCGGUCCAUCAUCAUUUUACUGUACUUACAAUGAGCCUACUCAAGGGAGUCCAUUCACACCCCUAAGGGUUGAAAACUCUUUUUGGUUGUGUACUGUACUUUUACAUAAGCAGGUAUUAGAGGUGGCAGUUUGGUACAAAAGUGUACAUAAAGUACUGAAUUUCAUUUUCAAAAUGCAGAAUCAACAGUCAAGAGAUCACGCUCAUGAUUUACUCCCAUAUAACUUUCAUAUAUUGAGAGUGUUUUCUUGAUCUUUGUUAACUUUGGUUAGCAGUUUGUAAUGCAUUACUUUAACUAUAUGGUAAUUCGGAUUAGGUUGUAGCGUUUUCAUUAAGAGGAGUUAUGAUCAGUUGAUUUAGUCAAGAUUGCUUAGCAUUGUUUUGUCUUAGUGUUUCAAAUCUUUUGCAAAAGCAGCAACACAGAGGAAUCUUUUUCUUUCUUUUUUUCAUCUUUCUACUUCAGAGAUCAACUAAAGAAAUGAAAGGAUAGUUGGGCCAAAAGUCAGUCAUAUUAGUUGCACUAUUCAACAUUUACAUUUUUAACAUGUGCUGAAGUAUUCCUGAAUAGUUAAUAGCCAAAAUCCCUUGAUUAGCAUGAUAUGAGUAAUGAGACAUCAUUGCACAGUUAGCACACUUGAUAAAGCAAGACUAGACAGAGUCUCUUUUCCCAAAAGCAUUUAAAUGUUAAGAUCGUUUUGACUGGUAGAGAGAGUGUUUUAAUGUGAUGCUUCGGUUGCACCACUAAUUCUGAAAUACAAGGGUUCCUUUUGUCAAUACCUUUAUUAUUUUUUUGAAGCAACAGAUGUGUUUCUUUACUGCGUAUACAAUUAAUGCAAUUCUUCACACAAUGCCUAAGCAUUUCCUAAUGAGUUACAUUUUUUAAUGAAGGUCAGAUACUUCUAAUAUAACAGCUAUGCUAUAUUUGAUGGAUUGGAUUGAUAUUUCAUUUUAAGGGUAACAGUAGCUGUGGUCUUAAGGCAGAAUGAUUUCCCCACUCAUUGUUGGAAAAUUGUUAUGUGACUAGUUGUAUGUGACUAAGUGUGAAAAUGAUAAAGUUAAAGACAAUGAGAGGGUGAUGGAACACAUACACUUUUAAUCGUACCCCAUUUAAACCACUGAUUUGUGUCAUCCUUUGAGUAAAGCCCUUUUCCUGUAAUUAGCUUCUCAGUUUGAUUUAGAUAGUUCAGGAGUGAAUUAAACAGGAUAGAUCACUACAACACUAAACACAGACAAUCUCAUGCCAGUGACAAGUGCAUGCCAAAGGGGCUUCUGGAUUAAAUGUUCAGUGGUAUAGGGGCCUCAUUCCACUUUAAGCUACACUUCGGGUCAUACAGUUAAAACUGUCUAGAGAGGCAUGUAAGGAAAGUGGCCACAAGAGACUCAACAUUUGUGUUUCUAAUCGAAAUAGUACUAGGGGCUCACUGUGGUUUGGAUAACUUUUCUGCUUUUUUUUUUUUUUUUUUUUUUUCCAAGGACCAGGUGCGUGUCCUGUUUUCCAAAGAAGGCUGCAGCAGCUGACUGGAAUAAGAUCUGCACCAGCUCUCUGUCUUUUUUCUCAUGCUCACCACAGAAGAAAAGGGCCAUGCUUUCAUACACUGUCCCCAUAUGCCAGCACUGCUUGUGCUUAUCUCUCCCCUUCUGUCCUCCCUCAAUUCCUCUAGAGAUUACACUUCCCACUUCGCAUUCUUUUUGCUCGAGUCUACAUCACUGCCUUUAUUCAGCUUGUCAGUGACAAGGACGUGUGCAAGGUGAUGGAAAAACAUGCUUUUUCUUUCCAAAGCAUUCUUAAUUAAUGCUUAUCUCCUCAUCGUCUGCUUUUGAAUGAUGGCAUAAUGGACAUUUAAACAGUAAGUCAUCCCAGUGACUUUUAGAUGUUAGUUCAUGACAUGUUUAGGAAAAAUGCCUUCAAAGCCUUGCAUUCGACUUGCUUUUAAAGCCGACAUUCUCGAAGCCAUUAGAAUGAAUUAAACCACAUACUGAAGAAUUAGAAUAUAACAGCUAAAAAAUUAGAUUCUGGUUCUAUAGAAAUUUGUCAAACAUGACCACUCGUUUCUUUCAUAUUGUGUUAUAUAAAUAGCUUUAAACUCUUUAUAGAACCAUGAAGGCGAGUCAGAUGAAUAACAGCAGGCUGAAGAGUGAGUCAUAAUUAUGAAAAUGAGUCUCUAAAUGGAGGAUGCUCAUAGCUGUUUGUUGGAGAGUGUUCUUCAAAGCUCUAAGAGUCAGCUGAGGCUUCCUGGGGCAACACUUCUGACUAAUUACUACAGAGCCAUUGAAAUCCCAGAUGGUUCUGGGGCAGCAUCACAAACUAGUUAGGUUUCUGGAUCAUGGCCCCAUUUAAGGAACAUUUGUCUCCUAUGAAAUAUGAUAUUAAACCGUGCAUAAACAGACAGCGGCGUUUUCAAAGGUCUUGGUUUAAUAUUUGCUAUCGAAAUGUCCAGAAGUGCACACUUUGAAAGACAUGUACUUUUUUUUUUGUAUUUGUAUUGUAGGUGUUUAAAAGGAGGGCAUGAGUGAGCUAGGGGAAAAGGAGUGUCCUCUAUUCUGUCUAGACUCCAUGUUAGAGUUGCCCAUCUAUCAUCUGCCGACUACGCCACUCGGUAUGAGCAGAGUAUGGAGCUUAUCUCCUUAUUGUAUUGUCUUUUAUAAAGGGGGAAGAUACAAGAUGAGGAAGAGGAGUCAAACCUAAAUGACACAGGUAGUUCUAAAUGUUUGUCAUGUUUGAUUUUGAAAUUUGCCCUUUACUAAGCAAAAGAAUCAUAGACAAGCUCUUUAGCAGUAUUAUAACUGGCAUGUGCACUUGUGAUAGAUCUCUCAGACUGUCAGAGAGACUAUGCAAGCAGAGAAUCACAGCAGUGCUAGUCGACUAAUCCCCAUCUCACACAGAAGACUGUAGAGGUGGUUAAUCAAAGCACAGAUUUACAUUUUGCUUUUAGUUAUUGUACAUAUUUGACUUCAAGCCUUGAUUAACUUUGUCAGUAUCAGCUUUAGUCUCAUUACAAUGGCUCAUUACAGUAGUUUUUGUUCUUUUUUGAUUCAUGCAAAUUUUUCAAAUGAGGUGCUCUUAUUGGCUUUCUAAGCUGCAUCAAACCCGUUUUUUGUCUUAAUCCAAUUGUAGAACAAUUUAGUAAAUUAGUUUUAGACGCCAUUUUCUGAAAAGAGAAGGUUUGGCUCAAGCAUGAGUUUAGUUGAUACACCAGCCACCACUCUGAUGAUGUAUAAAGCUCUGCUGCACCACUCCUCACCUCUGUGAUGUACAUAACCUGUAUCUUUCUACUUUUCAUUUCCUGUCAUUUCUGUUUUUUCUAAUGAAAUCUGGAUGUGUUUAUUGCUUAGAGUUAUGGAUCACAGUCACACAGUCUGACUUACCACCCAGCAUAAACCUGGGAAAGACAAAUUGGGGGGGAAAAAAUGUAUUUUCAAUUUUAAAACAACAUUUAACAUCUUCGAAGAGACAUUAUGGUUUCUAUGGUCUAAUGUUCUCCCAGGUUUUCUUUUUCAGUAGUGUUAUUUCUCUGUUCUAGCUACUGUUGUUGAGUCAGGCUAUGUGAAUGUGCUCCAUGUGUAUUGAUCAGUAUUUAGGUGUUCUGAUGAAUUCUAGUCCUGUCGUUGUAUUACAUUCUUUCUCUGACAAAUGAUCGAUUAAAAUCAUUUGGCUGGAUCGGUACAGCUCUUA